AACAACGAAAACAACAACAACAACAACAACAACAACAACAACAACAACAACAACAACAACAACAACAACAGCAAUAAAAAUAAUAACAACAACAACAACAUUAACAAAGGCAGCAACAUCAUAAUACGACAUGCCACCCACACUCCACACUUACAGACUAAGGAAAAAAAUAUGUCUUAAGUCAGGCAUCUUCUUCAUCAUAGUUCUCUUGACUUUCGCUUACCUCAGCCAUAGCGGUAUAGCGUCAAUUGUCCUGGGUUACUUGAAAAUAUGGUUGCCUGAGCAGCCACGGCAAGAAAUGGCCCAAACAAAACCUGCUGGUAAUUUCAAUCCUGUGACGGCUCCUGAGCCGAAUAUUGAUACAAUAGUGGGCACAUUCCCCUGGUUGGGACGCCUUAAUUCUAUCAGCAGCAAACUGAUUGCUUUAAGGGAGCUGAAAAAGAUGGGGUAUGAAGCUGCCGAGAGCCACAGUUUCAAAUCUCCUUACAUAAUAACUCCCGUGGUGUCCUCAAAAAUUACUGGACUAAAUUUCCACUCCGGUGGUUUCAAAUCUUGCAAUCCUUCUGGGAAGAAAAAGAAACGCAUUGCUUGUUUCAACUGCCCUGACUGGAUGGACGAUUCUGCCAUGAAAAGGAACAGAGACUUCCAGGCGUGCCCGUGUCCUUCCUGUGAAUACAUCGGAGGCAGGAAGGAGAUGGCGUCAGCGGAUGUUGUACUAUUCUUCGUGGGCAUGCUGGGCAAGGAACGACCGCCUCCGAGACCCACAGGACAAAUCUGGGUCAUGGCCUCCAUGGAGUCGCCGCCUUACUUUGGAUACCCGCAAAACUACCAGCCAUGGCGUGACGUGUUCAACUGGACACUGACUUACCGCACAGACUCGGACUGGUUCAGAUCCUACGGCCCUCUGGUCUGGAGAGACAAGGAUCUGCUCUUGACAGAUGACCACUACCUGUCCCUAGCGAGAGGCAAAACUCGAGACGUCGCCUGGUUCGUCAGUCACUGCCCGGUACAGAGCCGGAGGUUGGAGUACGUGCGACAACUGCAGAAAUACAUCAAUGUUGACAUCUACGGGAAAUGUGGGAAUCUCUCCUGCCCUCGCUCUCAGUUUCACCAAUGCCAAGACAUGCUGAAGACGUACAGAUUCUACCUGUCCUUUGAGAACUCUUUCUGCCAGGACUACGUGUCGGAAAAACUCCUCCUGCUGUAUAAACAGCGCAGUCACGUGAUCCCCGUGGUCAGAGGAGGCUUUGAUUAUGACCGCUACCUUCCUCCAGACACCGUGAUCAACGCCGCUCAUUUCAGAUCGGCUCGGGAACUAGGGGUUUACCUGAAGGAGCUGGGUUCCAAUCCCGACCGUUACGCCAAGGUGCUCAAGGAAGUAGACAAGCUGACUGGGUUGGGUCACUACAUCGACUGGUGCGACAUCUGUGAGAAAAUUAACACCGUCACCGCGAGCAAGAAGAUCCCAGACAUCAAGGCCUGGUCAAAUGAAGGGAAAUGCCAUCCGCCCAAAGAUGUCUAGUACUAGUAUACACAAAACAAAAGUCUGAUUCCAUUUUUCGGAAACUAGAUGUAGAUGGUUUUUGUUCACUUGAGAAGAUCUUCAAAUAUUAAAGCUUGAUUAUUACAUCUAUUCAAA